AUGCAACAAAACAAUCAAUUAAAAUAUGGUUUAAAUUUAACCAAAAAGAAAUCUUUAUCACAAAAGAAACCCGAAAGAUCGUUAAAAAGAUCAAUAUUUAGUGACGACGACGACGUUGACAAUGUUACCGAACAGCCUUCUAAAAAGAUACUUUCUUCCUCAACGAAGAAUGUCAAUAAAACUUUAAUAAAGAAAGAUAGCUCUCUAAGUAAAUCGGUACAAGAACAGUAUAAAGCAGCUUUAGAAGAAGAUCCCACAGUAUUUUCUUAUGAUGAAGUUUAUGAUGAUAUGAAAGAUGCCGAAAGGAAGGCAAUACGAGAUUUUAAAGGUAUUGAAAGUAGCUCCUCUAAAAAGCCAAAAUAUGUAAAUGAUCUAUUAAAAGCUGCAGAAAUACGUAAAAGAGAUUAUAUUCGAGCACAAGAACGUAAAAUACAAAAAGAACGAGAAGAGGAAGGAGAGGAAUUCAUUGAUAAAGAAACAUUUGUCACUUUAGCUACAGCGAAAACAGCGGCAAUAGAAGCAAGUAGAUUAGCAUUAUCAUCUAAUAAAAAAAGAACAUUAUCCGAAGAACAAGAUAUCAAUAAACCACAAAAAACAGAUAAAGAGCUUGCAGAGGAAGCUCGCGCAUCUGGUAAAAUUGUAAUAUUAAAUGACGAUGAUCAAAUCGUAGAUAAGCGACAAUUAUUAUCUGCGGGGUUAAAUAUAACCAAAAAGAAGAAGACUGAUGGUUCUUCAAAAUGGUCUUCAAAAGAUUAUUAUGAUUCAAAAGAUUAUAGAUCUCACGAUAAUAGAAGAGGUGGUGAUAAAUCAAUGUAUGAAGAAAUGCGUAGACGUGAAAAACAAAGUCAUGAAUUGGAAAUACAGAUAUUAGAAGCUAAAAGAAAGGAAGAGGAGGAGGAGAGAAAGAAAAAUGAAGAAUUAGCAAAGAAAUUGACCAGAAAAAAGGAUGAACAAGAAAUUUCUGAUGCUAAAGCAAGAUAUUUAGCAAGACAAAAAGAAAAAUUUGAAUUAAAAGUUAAAGAUGAAUAA